GCCGGGCGGGCGGGCUGGCGGGCGGCCGGGCGGCGGCAUGGCGGAGCCGAGUGGGGCUGAGACGAGGCCCCAGAUUCGGGUCACCGUCAAGACCCCCAAGGACAAGGAGGAGAUCGUGAUCUGCGAUCAAGCCUCGGUCAAGGAGUUCAAGGAGGAAAUCUCCCGGAGGUUUAAGGCGCAGCAGGAUCAGCUGGUCCUGAUCUUUGCAGGCAAGAUUCUUAAGGAUGGAGACACACUGAACCAGCAUGGGAUCAAGGAUGGGCUCACAGUUCAUCUUGUCAUCAAAACCCCUCAGAAGACUCAAGAUCCAGUGACUGCUGCUGCCUCGCCCCCAUCCACUCCUGACUCUGCCUCUGCACCCUCCACCACACCUGCCUCACCUGCCGCCCCUGUCCAGCCCUGCAGCUCUGGCAAUACCACUUCAGAGGCUGGCAGUGGAGGGGGGCCCUCUCCAGUGGCUGCAGAGGGGUCCUCAAGUGCUACUGCAUCAAUCCUCUCCGGCUUUGGAGGCAUCCUGGGCCUGGGCAGCCUGGGCCUGGGCUCUGCCAACUUCAUGGAGCUGCAGCAGCAGAUGCAGAGGCAGCUCAUGUCCAACCCCGAGAUGCUGUCGCAGAUUAUGGAGAACCCCUUGGUCCAGGAUAUGAUGGCAAACCCGGACCUGAUGCGCCACAUGAUCAUGGCUAACCCCCAGAUGCAGCAGCUGAUGGAGAGGAACCCAGAGAUCAGCCACAUGCUCAACAACCCCGAGCUCAUGAGGCAGACAAUGGAGCUUGCUCGUAACCCAGCCAUGAUGCAAGAAAUGAUGCGGAACCAGGACCGGGCCCUCAGCAACCUGGAAAGUGUCCCGGGAGGGUAUAAUGCCCUCCGCCGCAUGUACACGGACAUCCAGGAGCCCAUGUUCACUGCUGCCCGGGAACAGUUUGGCAACAACCCCUUCUCUUCCCUGGCCGGGAACUCCGACAACUCAUCCUCCCAACCUCUUCGGACUGAGAAUCGAGAGCCCCUCCCUAACCCCUGGAGCCCCUCGCCCCCCACCUCCCAGGCCCCCGGGUCCGGUGGGGAGGGCGCCGGAGGAUCGGGGACCAGCCAGGUGCACCCGACAGUCUCGAACCCCUUUGGGAUCAAUGCGGCUAGCCUGGGGUCAGGGAUGUUCAACAGCCCAGAAAUGCAGGCGCUCCUCCAGCAGGUUUCUGAAAACCCCCAGCUGAUGCAGAACGUCAUCUCGGCCCCUUACAUGCGCACCAUGAUGCAGACGCUCGCCCAGAACCCUGACUUUGCUGCUCAGAUGAUGGUGAAUGUGCCACUGUUUGCUGGGAAUCCACAACUUCAGGAGCAGCUCCGCCUGCAGCUCCCUGUGUUUCUGCAGCAGAUGCAGAACCCAGAGUCUCUCUCCAUCCUCACCAAUCCCCGGGCCAUGCAGGCCUUGCUGCAGAUCCAGCAGGGACUGCAGACCCUCCAGACUGAAGCCCCCGGGCUGGUACCCAGCCUUGGCUCCUUUGGGACACCCCGGACCUCGGUACCCCUGGCAGGCAGCAACUCCGGAUCUUCGCCAGAGGCUCCCACUUCCUCCCCGGGCAUGCCAGCCACAUCUCCUCCCAGCGUGGGUUCCAAUGCCCAGCAACAACUCAUGCAGCAGAUGAUCCAGCUUUUGUCCGGAAGUGGGAACUCGCAGGUGCCAAUGCCAGAAGUGAGAUUUCAACAGCAGCUGGAACAACUCAACUCCAUGGGCUUUGUCAACCGUGAGGCCAACCUGCAGGCCCUGAUCGCCACCGGAGGGGACAUCAAUGCGGCUAUUGAGAGACUCCUGGGCUCCCAGCUCUCCUGAUCCCUUGGCCCAUGCCUCCUGCCUUCCCCGCCUCUCAGUGCCAGCCUUGGCUCCUCUGCCAAGCCCCACCUUCUAUAGCCUGUCUUCUUUGAUCCCCACACACAGAACAGUGGGGUGACUUCCAAGGCUGUGUCCAACCCAAAGCUCUGUCCAAGGAUUUUGAUUUGUUUGCUGUCUCAUGAAAUCUCUCCUGGUCCUCUUGGAGCAGAGCUAUCUAGUGUGCACAGUGUGUCAGUUGGCCACACCUCUUUGCCCACAAGUACCUUGGCAAUAUGCAGUCUUCUCCAAGGGUCUGAGAGGAGGACCCCGCCUGGCUAACUGGAAGUCUUCCGUCCGGUACCACUAGAGUUUAGCUAGCCUUUCCUCACUCCCACUCACCUCCCUCCCUUCCUCAACUCAGCCCAACUAGUUUGAAGUUCACUCUUUGGCCAGGUGCUAGUGAAACUGUUUUUCUUUCUCUGCCCCUAUACUGGUUCGGCAUGGGCUGCCUUUGGGACUCUGUAGCGGGGGUGGGGGGGGGAAGAUUCCUCUCCUGUACAAAGGGAGCAGUGAGUCGGCACUCUGUGCAGGAUGAUCAGGGUCAAACGAGACCAGUGGGGACCCGUGCUCUAGAGCAACACCUCAGAGUUCUUGGAAGCAGGGACUGAGGAGACAGCCUGAGCGGGAAGCUUGGAAGGUGGAGCUGACAGAGUCUAGACAGACCAAUAGAUUGGUGGUGGAGAAGCUAGGCUGAGGCCUGACAGAAGAGAGACUAAUGAACUUUGCAUUGAAGAAAGGAGCUCAGCAAAGCUCAACAGUGAGACCCACGAGGAAUCAGAUUCCCAAACAUAUGUGUGCUCACACACACAUUUCCACGAUCCCGGCUUCAGGCUCUGGUAUUUUGAGCCCCCCCCCCCCCAGAAGAUCUGAUGGGGUGUCUCAGCAUUGUAGAAAAUCUGUUAUCUGUGUGUACAUACAAGUUGGGGAGGUAUGUGCUCUAUUGAUUUCUGGUUCACAGCUUUGUCAACAGAGAUGAGUGGGUACAAGGGCCAGUCUAGUGGAAGAGUGUAGCACCGACGGAACUGGGUCCCUGAGCCUCUGGGCACUGGGGAACCAGAAAGCAUAUUGAGUAAUUCUAGCGCUAAUGGCUCUGACUGGUCCCCUGGGUGGCUUCCUAGGUGAGAGACUAGUGAGGUUUCUCUUCCAGAGCCCCUGCCUUUCGGUUCUUUGCUGGUUCCCUCUUAGGUCAGAAAGUUCUAUUUGAGGAGAGGGGGGAAGGCAGAGGCCUUUGGUAAGGAAUUGAGCUUUGCUCCACUGGAGGAUCGAGAAAGUUUGCAGCAAGUUCUCUCUACUGUGGGUCCAGGUACUUAGAGGACCCCCUGGCUGAGAGACAGAGGUAAGAAAAGGCCUUCUGCUGUAGGUGGGGAAGGGUCCCACGCAGUUCAGACACGCCUUCCUUUCCCCUGUCUUACUCCCAGCACCCACCCUGGCCUUUGUAAAUAAAUACUGUGAUUUUUGUUGUGAGAUUA